UUAACACAUCGCACAUCGAUAGGAAGGGAGCGUAUAAUACAGUGAUCACUGUCAGACAACUUCAAUCCGAGUUGAGCUACGUCACUUCUUUCGCUCAACAGUUUAGAUACCAGUAUUAUUGAGAUAAAACUUUUAUUUCAUCUAACUUUAGCGCAAAUUCAAGAAAUUCAAAAAGAUUUAGAUACAUAUCAGCAAUGUACAAGCACUUGCUUACUGUGUUGCUAAUUGCCAGCUUGAGCUUUUACGUCGAAGCGAAAAAGUUCAAAGAAGAUGAGAAACCGGCUUGGGCCAAGAAAGAUAUUCGCGAUUACACGGAUGCUGAUCUGGAGCGGCUACUGGAUCAAUGGGAGGAAGACGAAGAUCCGCUAGAGCCGGAUGAACUGCCAGAACAUCUGCGCCCAUCGGAACCAUUGGAUAUGUCCAAGCUGGAUAUGAACAAUCCGGAGAACCUUCUGAAAGCGUCCAAGAAGGGCAAAACGCUGAUGAGCUUCGUGACGGUUAGCGGAAAUCCAACACGGGCGGAAUCCGAAGACAUUACAAAGUUGUGGCAAACUAGUCUGUGGAACAACCACAUCCAAGCCGAGCGGUACAUGAUCGAUGAUAAUCGUGCAAUAUUCAUGUUCAAGGAGGGUUCCCAAGCGUGGGAAGCGAAGGAUUUCCUGGUGGAACAGGAACGGUGCCUUCAGGUGACCAUCGAGAACAAGGACUAUAAGGGCAAGCGCGUGCCGGAGGCGGAGGGUGAGGAUGGAUCGAAAGAUGAACUGUAAUUUCGGUUCGAUGUUUGCGGAGUAAGCUUUAUGGGUCUGAAAUCUAUUUUGACAUUGUAGCUUGUAGUGUGCAUUAGAAUUAUUUAUGUUGUUGAAUUCCGUUCCAGAUGUAGCCUGUCAAGCAUUCGUUGACAGUGACGACUGAAAUGAGUGUAAUACUUCUCUACAAAGUUUGUUUUGUCAUUUGAGAAUAAAGUGAAUUGAUCAAAAACUUU